AUGAUGAAAGCAGAAGGAAAUGCAAACUUUUCUGAGGACAAUGCAAUUGAUAUUGAGAACUCAAGUGUAGAAUGGACAUUUUACCCGCAUUCUGGUAAUCGCACUUAUCAUACAGGAAAGAAGUGUAUCUUUGAUGGUAUUCACCUCCGAAACAAAACCACAACAUCUGAAAGGACACUUGAAAUGUGUACAGGAAAGAAGAAAUAUGUGAUCCCACACAGCUUCAAUUAUGUUGAUGUCAGGGCUCUGAGGGAGGGACAGGACAAAGCACAGGCUAUUCCAGUACAGUCAGAAGGGCAAAAACAAAAAGGGACUAUGGACGGAAAGGAUUCUCCAGUGGUGGGGACCUGUAAGGUUUGUGCAAUGUUUGUGUUCCUGCCUGAGAUCAACAUGGCGUACAUCUGUAACAAGUGCAAGAUGGUUGCACUAUUGGGAGAAAAAGUACUGGAAUAUGACACUGGAGGACAGCCUGCAGAGGAAGAAUUACAGGGGACACCAUGCAAUAGUGAACACGAGGCCAAAGUUAUAUCUUUCUUUGUAAUCAUAGUGAAUGAAGUUGCUUCCAGAAAUGGCAUUCCACUGGUGACACCAGGUGACCACCCAUAUGCUUGUCCAGAGCAAAGUACAGACUUUCAUAAAAUGGGAUCAACAAGGUCUCCAGUGAAUUUUGGGAGUAUUAUGUAUAAAAAGAAGUCAGAUACGUUUAUUCCUCUCCAGCGCUUGCCAGGAGCUCCUGGUGUGCCUUUCCGCAUAAAGGAGAAACAACAAGAAUUACAGAAGGAAAAGAUGGAAGUCAAAAAUCUGGACAUUUGGAAGCCUGCUCCAACUUUGCUGCAUGCUUUAUUUGCAACUGGCUUGACCAGAAGAUUAACUUUACAACAAUCUUAGACGCAAAGGCAAUGUUUGCU